AUGGCUUCGGCCACGAAGGUCCAACAUUCGAAAUUCGACGCGCAGUCCUUCAACCCCGGACUAAACGUCCUCUAUCCCAGUGAUGAGCAGGCGACGUCAAAGUUCUCGAUCAAAGUUGAGAUCAUCGCCAUUCCGGGCCUAGGCGCAGAUCCUGAAUAUACAUGGAAGAAGGACAAAGUGCAUUGGCUACGCGAUGCGAACAUGCUACCCAAAAAGAUACCGCAUGCCAAGAUCAGCGUGUUCCAAUACCAGUCGCAGUGGUUUGGGAAAGGAUCUGUUGACGAACGCAUCGACAACGUUGCAAACAAACUGCUACAUGGACUUGACCGAUCUAGAAACGAGACUAAGACACCCAUUAUCUUUAUCUCACAUUGUCUAGGUGGCAUCAUCCUCGAAAAGGCAUUACUCAUGUCGAGAUCACGCCAGAAAGAUUUCCCCAACGUAUAUCCCUGGAUCGCAGGAUGUUUCUUCCUCGGUACACCUUUUCACGGUACAUCGAGCCAGUCCAAGGCAAUGGUUCUAGCAUCCAUGGCCGAGGUUGCCGGCUGGGGCACGCCAUCGAGCCUGCUAAAGGUUCUAGAAAAGGACUCGGAGAUCUUGCGUAGUCUCCUCACGGAGUUCUCUUUCAUGGCAAGAGAGGCCCAGUUUCGACUACUUUGCUUCUGGGAAGAGAACGAUAGCGAUCUGGUAAAUUACCUGGUCAAGGGAAUUUCAUGGUUAAAGAGCAAAGAGCGCAUCGUUGACCAGUCUUCCGCAACGAUCGAGUCAUUCGAUAGCAUCUCUCUCAUGUCAGACCAUUUUCAACUCAACAAGUACACGGGGCCAAAGGAUGGAAACUUCACUUCCGUCUCUGACGAGAUCCGUGAGACAGCCAACAAGGCGGAUAUCAUCAUCAAAACGCGUCAAAACAUGCUUCGACAGGCUCAGGUCGAUGAUCGCACAUAUCAUAGCAUGAUGGAUGCUCUAAGCAAAGGCUUUGCCGACGUAGAAGCCGCUGUAAAGGGCACUUAUAAAGGAGUAAAGGGCACGAAGUUGUCGUCUGUGAUAGAGAUCGACAGCUUCCAGACCUGGAAGAACUCGGUUGCACGUCCUCUUCUCUGGAUCCACGGAAAAGCGGGUACAGGUCAAGGCGCGAUUGCUGCUUCUGCUCUUGAGUAUCUCGGACAAAUGCAAAGCAACAAUUCCAUGAUUAUAUCGUUCUUCUGCGACCAAGGCGAUACUAUGAGAAGAUCGCUAAAAGGUUUGCUGCAAAUGGUUGUCCGCCAGAUGAUCGAUUUGGACCAAGAUCUUGCGCGCCAUCUGCUCUCAGAUUCCCGGAGCAGCAAAGACGCUGGGAAGCAAAGUUUUGACACCGAGGAGACACUCAAGGUGCCUGCAUUAUGGGUAGCACUACACAAGAUGGCGCGGGAUCUGUCUCGCACUAAUGUCUUCGUUGUGGUGUACGGAGUGGAGCAACUUGCAGAGGAGUCGUUGGAACAAUUCCUGCAGUACAUGACAGAGACUCUAGACACCGAGGCUGUGACGCACGACGAAGAGGAGUAUAAACCCAUCAAAUGGCUACUGCUGAACCGUAGCGGCCGUCCGAACAUCGAGAAGUGCUUGAGGCCGAGAUCAUUAGAGAUCAACUUGAACGAUGCGGAAAACUCUGCGCAGGUCAGUGACGAUCUCAAAGCGCACAUAUCUGCCAACGUCGACGAACUUGAGCUUCCGUCAUCUUUGGCAUACUUUGUGAAGCGCCACAUCUACUCACGCGCGGAAGACAAUUGGAUCUACGUCAGUCUAGUUAUACAGGAAGUCAAGAAUGCCUGGGGUUCCGGACGUAUCCAACACGCAGAAAUCCGGAAAUUGCUAGAGUCGUUCCCGUAUGGUUUGACGGAUAUGUUCGAGCACGUGCGAAAGCGUGUUCUGAACCCGCAGGCUGAGGGUUAUGAAUACACAAAAGAGAUAUUGCGUUGCAGGGUUCUGGCGUACGUAGCGCCGACGAUGCGUGAGCUCGCUGUUAUGGCUGGACUGCCUUCGGAUGAUCGGGACGAUCUGGAAGAACUCAAAGCUUACAUAGUGCGCUGUGGAGCUUUCUUUACCUUGAGAGGCAACGACUGGGAUCUAGACAAUAGCACCGUUGAGUGGAUCGACAUCUCUGCACAAGAGCAUCUCCGCAAGUAUGCAAAGAACGAUCUGUCUCUGGACCUCGACGAUAUGCAGCAUGGGAUCAUCGCCUUACGAUCGUUGGAGUAUAUAUAUCAAGCCAUCGAACACCAAGAUGGCUCAGAGCACGAAGAUGAACAAGAAGAGCCAACGGAAGAGCCUGAUGUCGAAGAAGAAGAAGAAGUUCCGGAAACCGCCGAUGCCGGCAGCAGAUCAGUUCAGGAUAGCGUAAGCCAACACAGCGAACAGCAGGAAGACGAUGAGACCGCCGAAGAUGUUGAUUCAUCCUCAGAUGUGGAAGAGGAUGAAGAUGAAGGUCUGCUAGAUGUCGAUCUACGAUAUCCUGUUCGGUAUUGGAUGGAACAUGCGAAGAGAGCCCCUCCGGACGUUCUCGAAGAGAUCGACUUUGACCACUCGUUUUGGCAGCAAGGCUCUGAUGCUCGCCAAAGAUGGUGGAAGACCAUAGAAGAUGUUCAUAACAUGACAGAUCAGAAGGACAUAUCACCACUUCACGUCGCUGUGAUCCUCGAAUUUCCUGCCUUGGUCGACCACAUCCUAAAUCACAAUGGAACAUCUGACGUUCACGCACAAGACUCGUUAGGGUUUCAACCUCUGUACUACGCAUGCGAAGGUGGCUGCGACGAGAUUGUCAAUGCGUUGCUUGGAGCAGGCGCUGACGUUGAUUUCUCGAGCAGCAGUGCCAACCCGACUGCGCUCCAUGCUGCAUCGUCCAACGGCCACUACGAUAUCGUCAGCACAUUACUCGACCGCGACGCCGAUAUCAAUGCAACAUCUCCUGAUCAAGGAACGGCGCUCUACGCGGCUGCUGGCAACCUUGAAAACCGCAUCGUGAAGCUUUUGCUGAACCGUAACGCAAACGUCAACCUCAUUGGUGGGCCUGGUCGACGAGCGCUAAACAUCGCCGCUUUCUCAGGCAAUAUCGAGGCUGUCCGUAUCUUGAUUGAACAGGGCGCCGAAAUUGAUCCAAAUGAGGAUUAUUUCUACGGGUCUGCACUUGGUGCCGCAGCCCGCCGUGGACAUGCCGACGUCGUCCGGCACCUUUUAUCGCAAUCAUGGAACCCUAGCCGCCCAAUGAAGACUUAUGGAAGCUUUCUGAGCGUAGCCGCUACGUACAACCAUCUGGAAGUUUUCCAGGUUCUGCUCGAGAAAGAAGAACGGAUUUUCGUGCUUGAACAGGCGCUGCAAGCCGCGGCCCAACGGGGCUACGCUCCUAUCGUCAAGGCCAUCCUGGACAAGGAGUCAGAGCUUUCGGCAUGUACCAUUAGGUAUCAGAGAGCGUUCUCUUUGGCAGCGUUCUAUGGUCGCACGGAAGUGCUCAAGUUACUCCACCCAAAGGGAAUUGAUCAAGCGCAACUAGAUGAGGCACUGUACCAGGCCACCGACAAUGAGCAUCUCGAUACCGUGAAGUUACUUCUAGAAUUUGGCGCCGAUCCGGACACGGAAGGACCUACGUACGGGUUCGCAUUAGCCGCCAGUGCAUAUGACGGUACAACGGACAUCAUGAAAGCUCUCCUCGCCAAAGGAGCAAACGUGAACAAACGCGGUGGAGAUUAUGGCACAUGCCUUCAGGCAGCUGCAUGGUUCGGCGAUGUUGAUAAUGUCCAAUUGCUGCUCGACCAUGGAGCCAAGCUCAAUACUGAGCCUAUCGGUUAUUAUGGAAACGAAUUGCAAGCCGCUGUACACACUGGAAAUGAAGAGACCAUUCGUCUUCUAAUCAAAGAAGGGGCUGACGUCAAUGCGUUCGGCGGGCACUUUUCGUAUGCGAUCGUUGCCGCAGUUGAGCAAGGCGACAGCACUGCGACUAGGAUUUUGCUUGAACAUGGCGCCCACGUCAACGUACGCGGAGGCGAUGACAAUUGGCCAGUGAUAUCACUGGCGGCGUCCACUUUGCUUACGGAAGACCUGGAGCUGGUCUUGAAGAACGUUGCAGACAUCAAUGCAGCUUGCGCCAGAGGCACGACAGCCUUGAUCAAUUGCGCCGAUGCAUGCGAUAUAGACGGAUUGAAAUUUCUUAUCGCGCAUGAUGCCGACGUGCACAUCUCAAGUGAGAAGUACGGCACCGCCCUUCAUGCCGCAGCUGCUGAAGGUGAUGAGGACUGUUGUGAGGUGCUGCUUGAAGCUGGAGCGGACGUCAAUGCAGUUGGAGGUCCCUACGGAACACCAUUACAAGCUGCGGCAUGGGCAGAGGAUAUGGAGAGUGUCCGCGUUUUGUUGAAGGCCGGUGCCGAUAUUACCAUUACCGAGCCCAUAUCUGGCGAGUAUGGUACAGCCCUACAGGCCGCUUGUGCUGCUGGUUCUUUCGACAUCGUUCAAGAGUUGUUGCAGCAUGGUGCAGCGGUCAAUAUCCGGCCAGCCAAUGGAAAGUUUGGCGGCGCGCUAUCUGCGGCUGCUGCCGGUGGGUUUGGGAAGAUUGUCAAGCUGCUCAUCAAGCAUCACGCUGAUGUAAAUGCUAGCGGUGGCUUACACGGAUUCCCUAUCCUGGCCGCUGCUCAGUCUGGCGUUUUACCGGUUGUUCAGCGCUUGCUCGGCAACGGCGCUAACGCCUCAGCUUUAGGAGGCCUGCUUGGCUCAACCGUAGCUGCUGCAGUUCACGGAAACGAUUUAGAUAUUAUGCGGUUACUCAUAGAACACGGGGCCGAUGUGCAUGCAAAAGGAGGGAAAUAUGGAGACGCUCUCCAGACAGCGGCAAUGAAGGCUGAUCUAUCUAUCAUUGACGAGCUACUCGACCGAGCCAUCGAACUCGUUAACCACCGCGCAGGCAAAUACAACACUGCUCUCGUAGCUGCAUCUUACUUCAACCGUAUGGAUGUGGUUGUCAAGCUACUAGAUGCCGGAGCAGACUUUCGGGUUCAAGGCGGGAUAUAUCGAAGUGCCAUCGCCGCGGCUUCUAUCAGAGGCAACAAGAUCAUCCUAGAGAAGUUUCUUGCGAUGAAACCUCCAGAUCACCUACUGGAUGAAGCGCUCGUUGAAGCUUGCGCUUAUCGUCAAUCAGCCUGCGUUGACACCUUGCUAAAAGCUGGCGCUAACGUCUACGCCCGACACCCGACUCGAGGUUCGGCGAUCGAAGCACUUGAUGCUCCAGAAGAAGAAGGCUAUAACUCAGACUUGGAGGAUGAUGACGAGGACGAUGGUGAUUCCGACGAUGAGGAAGAAGAAGAUACCGAGGAUGACGAAUGGGAGGGUGACAACGUCUCCGUGGCGGGACAGACCGACGAAGGCAGCGUCACUGACCUAGAACUGGAAGAAGAGUUGUCUGAAGAGGCGAAGAUACGGAAGCUGUUGAAAGAGGCACAGGAUCGCUGCAAACGCAAUCCGACGGUGAAGCGGUUCAGAACCGUGAAACGCCGAGAGAUUCCAGCAAGUCUCAGCAUUGGGAUACACCGCCGUCCUCCGGUACCACCUUUGCCCUCGACAGUGGAGUACGUUUCCUCCAGCGUACAGGGCGAUGCAAAGGAGUCUGGACCAACCUACAGCCAGCACCCUCAAGAGCCAUGGAGUUUACCUUUUCACCUCAGGUCAGAUAACGCAGAGGCUACAACUCAUGCUAGUAACUCAACCUCGCCACCGCCAGUUCCAUCAUAUGCUGGAUAUCCGGCCCCGUUGUUCGCUCAAGGCAAAGUGCAGUCUCCACCAUCAUCGCCAGAGCGAAUGCGAUCACCCAUGGAAGAUCGACAACGGCAAUACUCGGCCUCGUCCCUAGCAUCACAAAGGCACAACUCAGCCGGAUCGGUACCUGGUGUACCUCAACCCAACAGCACGCCUUUGAGGAAGGGUAGCGCGGAUCAUGCACUCAAGAGACAGAGUAAGGCUGUCAACCGCAAGUCAGUCGCCAAUCUGGAAGCGCUUAGCCGCUACCAUCAACAGCGACAGUCCAUGCCACCCCUGGAUCGAUCGAUCUCUGAGCACGACUAUGCUGCGCCGGGUCAUCAGGUUGGAUCCCCACCACCUCAACUCGGACCUCCUCUAAUGGCUUCACAAGGCAACUACACUGGGUCUAUGAAUCAAUCAUAUCCGCCACCACUGCCACACCGACAAUCACAGCAGUUCGGUCAGCCACAGCAAUGGAUAUAUCAAGGGCCACCGCAGCCACCGCAACAACAGUACUCACCUCACACCUCGCCGCCACCACCACCUCGACAUCCAGUGCAGCAACCAUAUUUACCCUAUCCUUAUCAAAGUGCGGCCUCGUCUCCGGCCUCGAUCCAGAGCAGCCAACACACGAACGCUGGUAGCCAGUAUGCACCCUGGGAUACGCCCAGCUCGAGUACAAGCACAUUCAGCAAUCCGCAUGGUCAGGGUGAGGCGCAAGGGAGGAAGUGGGCUAGCGGUGGGUACGACGGAGCGGGGUAUGGAUGA